UUUUGUGUGCGUCAAUCAAGGUUUUUCAUAAGAAAAGAAUAAAAAAACUAACAAAAGACUUGGUUUGUUAUCUUAAGCUUAAGUAAAAUCUUAAAUUUAAAAAACGAUUAAAUAAUCAUGGAAUACGAAAGUGUUUUACUUGUAAAACCAGAAGUAUUCAUUUACAAAAUACCACCAAAAGCUAGUAAUAGAGGAUACAGAGCUGCUGAUUGGAAUUUAAGCGAGCCUACUUGGACAGGACGUAUGAGAUUGGUAGCUAAAGGAACUUCUUGCAUUCUUAAAUUAGAAGACAAAAUGAGUGGUGCACUCUACGCUAAUUGUCCAAUUGAAACAUAUCCAGGUGUAGCCGUUGAAGCAGUUUCAGACAGUUCUAGGUAUUUUGUAAUUCGUGUACAGGAUGAUAGUGGUCGGUCAGCAUUUCUUGGCUUAGGUUUUGGUGAUCGAUCAGAUUCAUUUGAUUUAAAUGUAGCUUUACAAGAUCAUUUUAAAUGGGUCAAAAAUCAGGAACAAAUUGAAAAAGAAAAAAAUGAACCAAAACAGGAACUUGACUUAGGGUUUAAGGAAGGUGAAACUAUAAAAAUUAAUAUGAAAAUUACGAAAAAAGAUGGGAGUGAAGGUACUUCUCGUACGAAACCACGAGGUGCAGUUGGGGGCGGAUUACCACCUCCACCAGGUGGCAUUAAAAUUGCUCCGCCUCCAGCUGGAGCUGUGAGGAGUCCAACUUCUUCACCAGCUCAUAGACCGCCAGGUGGAACAGAAUGGGGCGAUUACACUUCAGCAAGCUCUCAAGGACAACAAUCUCAAAAUUCAUCUGCUAAUUCUAACUGGGUACAAUUCUAAAUAAAAUUUUGAUUAUUCAACUAUCUUACACCAUAAAUAUAAAAAAAAACAUUUUAAUAUUUUUUAAAUAAUUUUCUUAAAAAAAUUAUUUAGAAAAGUAAUACUUUUAGUUUAAUAUAAAUUGUUCGGUAUUCAAAUCUGUUGCUUUGAAUUUGCAUAAAGUUUGAAAAAGCAAAAGGUAAAACAAAAACAAUGAAUAUUUUAUUAUAAAAAGUAAAUAUAUAUAUAUAUAAAAAAUUAAUAGCUAAACAUAUUGUUACAAAAAUGAAUUUAUAUAAAAAACACAAAAAAAAAACGAAAUAUGUAAUGUUAUAUUAAAAUGAAUUGAUUUUUUAUGUAAAAUAUAAAACACAAUAUAUUGUAAAGAAUA